GCCAGAGCCCGGCAGCUCCGCGCCUCGCGCCUCCGAGCAGGAAGAGGAGGCGGGGCCGGGCCAGGCGCGGGACCGGGCACCUAACCGUCAGCGCCCACAACGUUUUCCAGUGACCGUGUGCCUCGCUCGGUGUCCUGCGCCUCACGCUCAAUGGCAGCGCUCCCCCUGCUCCUGCUGCUGCUCUGCUCGGGGGUCUCCGCUCCCUGCUUCCAGCCACCGCCCCUGCUGGUCAGCUGCUGGGGCAGUCACGGGCAAGUCUUUCAACGGCAGGACAACGAGCGCCAGGUCUCAUGCCUGUGGAGCAGCACCAUGAACCUGCGUUACAAGCCCGCCCUGGGAGCAAGGCCCAAGGUAGAGAGAAAAGCGGGGUGGCCACAGUCCCCACCCCACUGCUCCUGGUACCUGAACUCAACCUGGGUGAAGAACACCUCACGCUGGUUGGGCCAGGUUACGCUGCAAACAGGCCUCCUACCAGGAAGUGAUUCUCCACCUGUGGGCUUCAGCCUUCUCACUGUGCAGUGCUCAUCUGCUUCAUGCGCUGCACCCGAGUGCUUCCAUCACAACGUGAGCAUCCAGAUGGCUGCCCAGGAUAUGCGGCUCUUUGUGCUUUGGCCACAGACACACCUGAUCCUUGUGUGGCAGCCAGUAGAGCUCAGCUGGUGUGCACGUCUCAAGAGUGUCAACUGGCAGUACCGCUUCAGCAGCCAGGGGGGCAGCCCCUCUACCCUUCUCCUUCCCAGCAGUGAGCACCAAGAGACGCUACCACUUGAUAUCUACCCAACAGCUGAGUUGCAGCAGACCUGUGCCACCUACUACAGCUACCGCUUGACUGUGCGCUACAGGCACCCUGGGCUCCAUGUUGCUUCAGUCAGCAUUGAGCAGAUGCCUCAGAUAAGUAUCAACAUCUCUCUCAAGGUAGAGCCUGACUUAUUGCAUGUCCUCAGCAUCAGCUCCAAACUCCUUAGUGUUUCUCAACAGCCACUCAGCCUCUCCUGGAGGUUUCAGCCUCUUACCCUGCAGGCACUGGCCUACAGAUUGGUGGACACACAGGCUAUAGGAGGUUGGGUCCGUUCCUACAGUGCCUUUACUUUGCAGCGCAACUUCUGUGCUAUUCCCACACCUCAGAGCCGGGAUGAGGUGGUGGUGGCCAGUAUUUACCUUCCUGUUGAUGGAAAGAGGUUUGAAGAAUUGACAGGAGAAAUACAUCUACUCAAUGGUACUCUCAGUCUAACUGCAGGCAAAGAAACACCCACCCAUGUCAACCUUCAGCCAGGGAAGACCAACAGUAGCACAUACAUUUUCAGGUACAACCAUAGAACAUUUUACACAACCAAAGAUAACCACAGCCCUAUUUACGCAGACAGCCCUAACACACACACCGUGUUCUACCAACACAAGGGCCUCUCGUACUUACUCUCCAUAGAGUUUGUGGCUUUCUAUUUUUACAAGUUCAAUAUGUACCUUUAUGUAAAUCAGAAGAGGGCUUUGUUUAGGUCCCUGCCAGAAAGAGACCUUGAAGUCCAUGUUUUCAGCAGCAGCCAUCCUUUUCUGCAGAGCUUUACUUAUUUAGUGUGGUUUAUCCCUGCACAACAUCCAAUGCUACAGUGUGAGUGGACCUUCCACCUGCAGAUUUUUGGAACACAAAAAGACCACCUUCUCCAGAAUAGCACCUACACAUACAAUGAUCAUGUAAGAAAUGCCACACGUUUUGUCCGUCGCUCUGCUUUACCGUUUGAUGCAGAGAAAUAUACAGGGUUUGUGGCAAAAGUGAACUGUACCAGAAAUGCACUUACACCGGCUCUUUUAAGAGCCAGAGUCAACAACUAUGCUGAAAAAACCAUAGAAGCACCUGUGUCUUGCCAGGAAAAAACCUGUCAAAUACACAGCGUGUAUAUACAGAGACCUACUCUUCAUACCUCUAUCUUGCAUCAGAAAAGGUCAUCAACUUUCAUCCUCUCUGCCAAAGUGAUAGCAGAUUGCAGAGUUGUCAGAAUUAUUAAACCCUUCUGGCGAGUCUAUCCUCUUCAGGACAUAACCACUAUUCCAGACUGGACAAACCCAAUGAACAUUUCUUCAUUAGAUGGUAUAGAAAAGAUACUCUUAACAGUUCCCGGAUUUGCUUUAGAUUAUGGGUUGUAUUUGUUUAAUUUCACUUUUGAGAUAAUCGUUGCUGCUACCAAAGAAGUCGUCAAGGAUUCAGAUGGGAUUUACGUUCUGAUUGAGAGAAGCAGUCUAGUGGCAAAUAUUGCAGGGGGCAGAUUCCACACAGUGGGUUUUUAUGACAGCUGGGUUCUCAAUGGCUCUGCAUCCUAUGAUCCUGAUUCAUACACAAAGGAAGGACUAGUGGGAAUCACAUUUACUUGGUACUGUACUAAAGAGGCAUCAGACUACAAAAACAUGAAAAUCAGCCCAGGAAGAAAAUGCCAUCCAGCCCAGAGUGAUCUGAAAUGGUUAAGAUCUUCAGGUCCAGUUCAAGCAAUGCCACCAGAAUCCCUCCCAGGAAACACCAUGUACUACUUCCGUCUAGUGAUUCAGAAGGAUACAAGGAUGAGUUACGCAGACCAAACUGUAAAUGUGCAGCCCGGCUCCCAGCUCCUUCUGGACGUGACAUGUCUUGAAAACUGUGGGAGCAGUCUCAUUCCAACAGAGAGAUUUACCUUGUCUGGAAAAUGCCUGAACUGUAGAACACACAACCAGCCAGUCUACUACUGGUCCCUUUUGUCAGAAAACUCUACAGAAAUUAGCUUUGACUGGUCUUCCAGAACCUCAACAGGGAGAUACGGGACUUACCUAUCUAUACAUGCUCUGACUUUUACAAAGACUGCACAUCAAUCCUACAUACUUCUGCUAAAAGUAACUACCUGGGAUGGCAGGUCCUCCAUCUACAAGUACGCUUUUAAGAUAAAUAUUCCUCCUAGGUCUGGCAAGUGUACCAUCAACCCACGCUGGGGUACUGCCUUUCUAACAAAAUUUGUUGUUCAAUGCAGUGGAUUUUCUGACAGCAAUUUACCUCUGACAUAUAAAGUGAUAGUAGCUUCUGACAAAACUACCAAAAUAAGUUCUGUGAAGGAAAAUACAUUUGGCAUAAUUAUGUACUUUGGUUAUCAGCCUAAAACUCCUCCAUCUUUUCUCCCCAUUGGAGUGCCAUCUCAGAAGUACAUCUUGACACUUUACGUUCAAAUCCAUGAUUCCCUUGGAGCAUUUACCCAAGUGAACUUAUAUGCCCGCGUGCAAAAUCCAAUUGACAGUCGACCAGUAGCUGCUGUGUUUCAUGAACUGCUGGCCUCAGUAAGCGGUUUUAGUGCACCAAUGACAUCUUAUCUCCAGACUGGAGAUUAUUUUAGUGCAGGAUAUUUGGCUUAUCUGACAGCCUCAGUCUUAAACUAUAUUAAAGCCACACCAACCAUCAAGCUCCCUAACACUCAGUUUCGGGAAAGCCUGAUUAAAAUAGCUGUGAAUAUUUCGGUUGAAAGCAUAAUGGAAAUCAAUCAAGUAGUUGCUUCUCUUUCUCAAGUCACAGACAACCCUGGUGAAUUGAACUUUAGAUCACAAGACCUUGCUGUUAGGAAACUGACAGAAGUUACGGGAUUGCUGAAGAUACAGAGGAACAAGAAGCACUGGUCUGAAGAAGCAGAAAUUCAGAGUAGUGGAAUACUAACAUGCUUGUCCAACAUCCUGAGAGCUGCUCUUCUGCAUCAUAGAAAUGUCAAUGUAGGUGCAGUUAAACAAGUCUUCUCCAUCAUGGAAAAUUUAACGGACAUAGUUCUCCAAGGCAAAGUCCCUGGAGAAACAACUACUCUAAUGGAAACAAAACACUGGAACAUCACUCUGAAGAAAGAUGAAAACCUGAACAGUGUAAAUGCUUCUUCUACAACAAACACCUGCAGGAAUUGCUUUUACCCAUCACUGAAAAAGGGAAAUUAUUCUGAAUUGCCCCAUAAUGCUGUUAUUUCCACUGCCCUUUUUGAGUUUGAUGAGAAUCCCUUCCCCUGGUUAGGUUACACAACAGAAAUUGUAACAACGGUCUUCGGGUUCAAAAUGGCAGAGACAAAAGCUAAUGGGGAUCAGCUAGGGAUAGUGCCUGAAGGAGCAGAAAUUACAAUUGCUAGAAAGGAUAAGGAAUCUUCAACUUUUCAGUUAACAAUGGGACCUGAUAAAACAGAAACUUACACAACUGGAGGAUUUACUUUAGAAGUCAAUGGAAACACCAAGAGCUUAUACAUCCAGAUCCUGACAAAAUUAGAAGUUACUUUCAAGGUGCUAGUAUUUACAGGCUCCAACAUCACUGAUGCUCAUCCCAUAGCUUCGUUUGCUGUUUCUCAUAACAUGCCAGUGGUUGCAAGCAUAACCAAGACAGCCAGCGCUGACUGUAACAUCAAGGCUCCCUAUAUUAUCUGUCUCCCAGAGUCACUGCUGAUAGCCACAGCUCAAGAAAGCGGAACCAACACUCAGAACAUCUCUGUUGUCUUGAUGACACCCUAUUUUGUAAGGUAUCAAAGCCAGAGACUGGUGAGCAUAUACGUUUUUAGUGAUCAAUGCUUGUUUCUGGAGGGGGUUCGAAGUCUGUGGAGAGAAGACACGUGUAGGCUUGGCUCCAUGACCAACUGGCAGACGAUACACUGUGUCUGCAAUAUGAAGCGGCGUCACAGAAGCCUGUCAGUACACACUGCAUUAAAUGCAUCCACAUUCGACAUCAGGUUCCUGGCAGCCAAAGUAAUAGUUACCCCCAACACAGUAGAUCUGGGGAAAAUCCUGAUAGCAGACAUCUAUAAAAACCCAGUGACUCUCUUAACAGUGUUGUUUAUUUUUGCCAUCUACUUUCUUUUGUCUCUCUGGGCCAUAAGAAAGGAUAAAGGUGACAGGGUAAGCAAAAACAAGAUUGUAGUUCUGCCAGACAAUGACCCCUUUGACAAAGUGAGCUUUUUGGUCACUUUAUACACAGGCAGUCGCUGGGGAGCUGGAACCACAGCCAAUGUCUUUCUUCAGCUCAUCGGCCAAAAUGGCAUGAGCGAUGUCCAUUGUUUAUGGCACCCACAUUUUCCAUCGUUCCGAACAGGAAGCAUGGACUGCUUUCUGUUAACUGCUAAGGAAGACUUGGGAGAUGUUUGUUCCCUCAGGGUCUGGCACAAUAACAAGGGCCCAUCUCCAGGCUGGUUCUUAAGCAGAGCCAAAGUUGAGAACAUGUCCACUAGGAAGACCUGGUUCUUUAUGUGCAGGAAAUGGCUUGCACUCAACAGGGGCGAUGGUUUAAUAGAAAGGACAUUUUCUGUCACAAGCCACAAAACACUGCUGCCCAGGACUGACUAUUUUUUUAUUAAACUUGCCAACAGUCUAAUAGAGGGGCAUCUGUGGCUCUCCAUUUUUGUUAAUUAUCUCACUGGCACUUACAGCAGGUUCCAAAGGUUGUCUUCAUGUUUAGCAAUACUGUUAUUUAACCUGCUUGUUAACAUCAUGUUCUUUAAUGCUAUGAAGAAUGAAGAAUCAUCAGUACACCUGAGGUAUUUGAGAUCAGUAACACUAGGAAUUGAAUGUGCUUUGCUUACCAUACCUGUGGAAAUGAUGAUAACUGCCUUCUUUAAGUAUUCCCAGAAGGAACCUCUUCCUCCUCAUGGUGUGGUUCAGAGAGUCCCAAAGGGAAGCUCACACCUCCUAUCUGGAAAUUGUAAGAAUUCGAAGGAACACUUGCAAAAAUCAUACCUCUCAGAACAAUCAAGGAGUAUCAGUCCCUCAGAGACCCUUCCUGGUCCCAACAACUCACAGAGCCCACUACAUUCCAAGAGGACAGGAAGCAAGGGAGUUCCACGAAACUGGAGGAGUUGCACUGUUCCUGAAAGAGAUGCAAAUAUCAUUGGAACAGAAGAGCAGGUGAUAACUGCAAGUUCCCCUCCAGCGGCUGAAGCCUGCCAGAGAAGGCCACCAUCACAUUCCAGUUUUAGUAAGAACUAUGCAGAAGCAGGCAGCAAGUCUCAGGAAGAAAGAAAACCACCAGGAACUGACUCUACACUCCUGUGCAAGACAACACCCAUUGCUUUCCCUUGCUGGUGUGUCUAUGUCUCGUGGGCACUAGUUAUAGCUGUAACUGGGCUAUCAUCAUUUUUCAUUGUGUUAUAUGGUCUGUCUUAUGGCUAUCAGACUUCACUGGAGUGGCUUAUAGCAUCUGCAGCCUCCUUUAUUGAGAGCGUGUUUUUCCUUUCAAUUCUAAAAAUCAUUUUUUUCUCAGCAGCGAGGACGAUUCGCCCAAAACACUGCGAAGACAUCCCAUGGUUAACUCAGGACAAGUGUUGUGAGUUUACGUUGGCUGGGGAAACAAUGACUGUUGAUGAGAUGAGAGAGGCGCACUUGAAACUGGCUGAAGUCAGAGGCAGCAAGCGCUACAGGCCUUUAGAAGCUGAUGAUGUAGCAAAAAUGCGUAAAAGAGCAAAAAUUAAAGUCAAGGCAUUUAUUUUCACCACAGGUUUCAUCAGUCACCUUGUCUUUUUAACACUGCUAUUAAAUUUUGCCUAUUCUGCUGAGAAAGCCAGCAGUUUCCACUACAACAAGUUCAUACAUCACCAAUUCUCUCCACAACUUUCCAGUGCAGAUAAGCUAGAAGAUAUCUACAUGUGGGUGAAAGAUGUGUUCUUGCCUUUGAUCCACAAUGACAUUCAGCCAACCUUUCUUCCCGAGAGCUGGUCCAAAAUCAUCGGCUUGCCCCGAAUGAGGCAGGUGCGGGCUAAAGGGACUGAGAAAAAAUGUUUCCACCCUCAGAGCUUUCUAAAUAGCUCUGUGAUCAGGAAAAGCCACUGUCUUCACAAGUACGGCAGCGACAUCCCAGAGAAAGGCGACUACGCCGGCACCUGGACAAGAGUUGCCAACCAGUCUGUUUCCAGAUAUGCCAGCAGUUACAGUGGUUUCACAUAUGAGCCAAACAAGACUCCAUGGAUGUAUUAUUCGUAUGGAGAUUUGUACACGUAUGGACCUGCAGGAUACACGUUUUACUUCUUCCCUGAAGAAGGAAGAUCUAAUUCAACAACAAGGUUGGAUGCUCUACAGCAGAACAACUGGCUUGAUGAAAAGACAUGGGCUGUGAUCGUUGAACUAACUACAUUUAACUCAGAUGCAGCUCUCUUUUGUACCAUCUCAGUCAUAUUUGAAAUGUCUCAUUUGGGGAUCAUCAAACCAAGUUUGUCAGUCCACUCCUUUGCGCUCCCAAUUUUUAAUCAGCAAACCAAAGCUCAGAUGUUUGUGUCUGCAAUUGGUUUUGCCUUUCUGAUCAUUUACAUUGCAGAUGAGCUAUAUGUCAUAGGCCGAGAAAAAAAAGACUAUGUGAAAAAAAUUUCCAAUCUAAUCAACUUUGCCUUAAAAUUAGCAUUCCUCCUUCUUUUUCUUUUAAAGGGCAUAAAGUUUAAGAUGGGAGCAGAUAUAGUGAACUUUUACUUACUUCACCCAAAUGAUUUCAUUUAUUUUCAUGCAGUUUCUCUUUUAGAUCAGUUAUUAAUGGGUACGACGGGCUUUUUAGCAUUUCUUGUAAUUUUGAAAACUCUAAAAUAUUCUCAGUUCUUUUAUGACAUGCACCUGGCACAAAGAUCACUCUUGGCAGCCCUUCCUGGAAUCUCCUCAAUGGCCAUCAUAGUAGUGUUGUACUUCUUUAUAUUUUUGGCUUUCGGCUACCUUGUGUUUGGUCAGCAUGAAAAGAGUUACAAUAACAUGAUUCACUCAGCUCAGACCAUAGUCUCUUACUGCGUCUCAGCUUUCAGAGAUACCGAAUUUUCAUCCAACAGGCUGCUGGGGGGCCUUUUCCUAGCCUCUUUUGUGGUGGUGAUGGUUUGUGUCUUGAUCAAUCUGUUCCAAGGUGUCAUUAUGUCUGCCUAUUUAGAUAUGAAACAACCUGUAUAUGAAGAACCAUCUGAUGAAACACAAAUGGUUACUUUUGUAUUGCAAAGGCUCAGAAGGAUGUUUUAUCUUCUGAUCUGUAAAAAAUCCCAAACCAGUGAGACCGACCUUUUUCACAGGGCAGUCUAUGGGCAGUCUGAGAGAAGAUGUCGGCGACAUUUAGGACUCAAGAGCAGAAAAAUACAUGGAAAGAAAAUGGUUUACCUGGUCAUAUGAGAAAGGAGAUACUAGUUUUGUAUUCAAGACCACUUUAUUCUGUAAUAUUCAUAUUUCAAAUAAUUGUUCAUGAAUAAAUUAUUUACUUUUAA